ACACUCAUGAUCUUGUUGUGGGUACACACAUAAUCAUACUAUCUUCUUCCUCAUUCUUCAUCAUCAUCUUUUUUCUUUUCCUUCUAUAAGUGACAUACUUCUCGUAGUAAUGGAGGGUAAAGGAAGAGUUGGAUCAUCAUCGCCUUCUUCCUACACCGCUAAAAUCUUUGGCCCCAAGGAACCUUCCUCCUCCGCCAACUUCAACUCCAUUUUCCCUCCUCCCUCCAAGAGUAUUCAGGGAACAUCAAGAAACAUCCUAAGUUCCAAAUAUGGCUCCCUAGACCAACGUAAAGAAUCUGCAACCUGCAAUCUAAGUUCAUCACUUUACUACGGUGGUCAAGAUGUUUACUCUCAAUCCACUCACAACCAUACUCACACUACAAUUAACAAGGAUCAGAACAGAGAUAACAACGAUGCAAACUCGUCGGACGCCUCAAGAGGAAACUGGUGGCAAGGUUCACUAUAUUACUAGAAGCUUCUCUAAGUGCGUCUCUGUAGAAGAACACAAGUUGAAACAGAACAAUAUAUGAUCGUUUGAUCCUCUGUUAUGUUCUUAAAGAAACUGUUUCAAUGAUGCUAUGCUUGUCUAUUUGUCUAAUGUUAAACAAAAUUAGAUC